AUGGGCGCUCACGGCUCCAACUUGGAAAACAUUCUGGAGGAGGACAUGCAUCACUGGUACAACAAGUUCACGAGGGAGUCCCCGUCAGGACUCGUCACGCUGUUUGAGCUCAAGAGUAUGCUUGAAAUGAACGGCAUGACGGAGGAGGCCAGCAGCUACGUGGACCAGGUUUUCUUCACCUUCGACAUGGAUGGGGAUGGAUACAUCGACUUUGUGGAAUAUAUUGCUGCGCUAAGUUUACUACUGAAAGGAGAAAUAAACCAGAAGCUAAAGUGGUACUUCAAGCUCUUCGAUCAAGACGGAAAUGGGAAAAUUGACAAGGGGGAAUUGGAGACUAUAUUUAAGGCUAUUCAAGACAUCACCAGGAGUUAUGACAUCCCUCCGGAGGAGAUAGUGACCAUUAUAUAUGACAGGAUUGAUGUGAAUGGAGAAGGUGAGCUGACGUUGGAGGAGUUCAUCAGUGGAGCAAAGGAGCACCCGGACAUCAUGGAAAUGCUCAGCAAAAUGAUGGAUCUCACCAAUGUCCUCGAAAUCAUUGUCAGAGGUCAAAAACAAAAACCAGCAGUAAAAUGA